AUGAAAUUAUUCAAUAAACUAUUUAAAUCAGAGGAAAAGAAGAGAUAUCCAAAGUACCCUCGAUUGGAAGAGAACACCCUUGAGCAUUCAACCGAAUGCAAAGAUAUCUUACAGAAGAUGUUUGUUUCGACCAAAGCACCUCUAGAACCUCCUAUGAAAUACAAGAUUGCUGCUUUGAAACGUAAGCGCAGAAUAAGAACAAGAGGUUCCAGUAUAUAUGUGUACAUUCCUGGAGAUUCUGGGUCAUACGAAUGGAUUGAAUGCCAGGGAGAAGGCUUAGAGUGUGGAGAUUUCAGGUGUGGAGGAGACUCUGGGUGUGGAGGAGACUACGGAGGUGGGGGAGGAGAUGGUGGAGAUGGAGGAUGUUGA